AGUGUGAGUUUGGCGAGGGACGUGCUUAGACCGCCGCUGUCAGGAGAGUUUCUCUCUUACCCGCCCUCCGUCCCUCCCUCUCUCCCUCCUUGUCUGUCUGUAUGUCUGUGCGUGUGUCUGUGCUCCUCGAGGACUAACGCAAGACCAAGAGACGGCGAUAUAUCCCCGUGGUUUUUAAAAGAAGGUAGAUUAAAUUCAGAAACGUUAUUUUUUUGGUUCUUGCUACUGCUAAUGGUGUUCUUGCCGCUGCUUUAAUCAUUCUGGUUUGGUUUUUGCUGCUGCUACUGCUGUUACUGUUACUUGUGGUGGUGGUGGCUGUGCUGCGUCUGUCCGUGUUGUUGUUUGUGUGUCAACGAUCGCGCGUCGUGGAUGAGGAUUAGUCGUGAAUAAACAGACUGCACCUCACCACCACGAUGGGUUGGACCACCAGCCUCCUCCUCCUGUCCUUAUUAGGACUCUCCGCGUGCCAGCAGCGGUCACUCAGGAACACCGGGAACGGAAGACAACGCCUGCAGUCCGGUAAGCCCGCCGAGGUAGCUGACUUCAACUGCCCGCAGGACUUUGGCUACUACCCCCACCCGACCGACUGCACCCAAUACUAUGUGUGCGUGUUCGGCGGCGCCCUUCAGGAGUCCUGCACCGGCGGCCUCGUCUACAGCCACGAGUUGGAGACAUGUGACUGGCCGCGCAAUGUGGACUGCGCCCCUGGAGCCACUGGCGGCGGCGUCUCCACCAUCAUUGUGACGGACCCCCGCACCCGCUCCUCCAACACCCGCCCCAUCAGCCCCGUCACCGAGUCCCUCACCCCCUCUGUCGGCAGUUUCGACAAGUUCGACCACAGCUUCAGCUCCACUAAGAACCACCGCACCACCCAGACACUGAACGGAGCAGACAGAAGCGGCAACGAGAGGGCGCUCUUCAGGCAGCCUUCCUCCAAGUCACAGUUCCUCUCCUCCCACUUCUCCUCCUCUUCCUUCUUCAACGCACCCGGCACCGGUGGAACCAACAACAGGCGCCCUACCAAGUCUGCCUCCUUCACCCCAUCGCCCGUGGUGGUCAGUCAUGGCCCCUCAGCUCCCGCCCGCCUCCCCUCAUCAGUGGACCAGACCUACUUCAGUGACUUUAACUACACCGAUCCCGACUAUUACUUCUACUAUGAUGACCUUCUCUAUGACUAUUAUGACGUGCCCGGCGCUACCCCCACCCAGGCUCCUGCUCGCCAUCCCGCCCCCACCCAGCCGGCCAUCAGAGAGGAGGUCUUCAGUGAGAGGGAGGUCAUCCCCCACAUCCCUCCUCCUCCACCUCCUCCUCCCUCCACAACCACCACUACUACCACCACCACUCCCCGCACCACCACCACCACCACUACUACCACCACCACCACUACUCCUGCUCCCACCACCACCACCACCUCCGUGCCUAAAUUGAGGCCAGUCCCUGUCAGAACUCGCGUGGCUCCAUCCACUUCCUCCAAGUCCUUCGGAAGGUCAGGAUCCACCUCCAGGGGCCGAGCAAGCUCUUCUCGCGCCACUACCUCUCCUUCUCAGUCCUUCCAAGCUGCCCCCGCUGCCCCUCGUCUGCGGUCGCCUUCCUCUUCCUCCUCUCCAGCAAGGGACGCAAUAGCCCAGUUGUUCGACUUUAGCCUCCCUGACUUUGAUCCCUCAAGCCCCUUCCCCUUCUCCAGCCUCCAACCAUCCGCCUUUAACCAAAACCCUGCCCCAUCCCCAUCCCGCCCCGCCUCCCGCCCCGUUCCCCAGACCCGCCCCCAGAUCGUCAGUGCCCCAGCCAAAAAGCCACAAAUCAGAGUUCCAACACGAGAAAGGACACCCACUCAUGCCAUUAGAAGCCAGUCCAGACCCUCCUCCUCCCUCUCAGCCCUUAAGAGACCCAUUCCCUCCGAGUUCCCCUCCUUCCCCGUCCCCUCUUCCUCCUCCUCUUCAUCCGGUUCUCAUUCUCCUAGCACUGCUCAGAGGAUCCCCUCAAGGCCUUCCAGCAGCAGCACUCGCUCCUCCUCCUCCUCCAACUCCCGCCCCCAGCCUACUCCUUCUGGACCUCCUGCAGUCGACAACUCCCAGCCUAAGAGAAGUAGACGUCCUACCCUCAAGCCGGUCUCUGUUCUUGCGCCUUCUGCCCCUACCGCCUCCAUCGAUAUUUGGCGAUAUCCCCCGAGGAGACCAACCCCCACUCGCCCCCACCCGACUCCUGAUACCAAGGCCACUAAGUGCGACCCCAAGGUGUGCCGUCUCCCCGACUGCUACUGCGGCGGCGGCGAUAUUCCUGGCGGUUUCAGUGCUGCCGAGACGCCCCAGCUCGUUCUGCUCACCUUCGACGAUUCUGUAAAUGAUCUUAACAAGGACCUGUACACGGACCUGUUUGAGAAAGGUCGCCUCAACCCCAAUGGCUGCCCUAUCCUUUCCACCAUGUAUGUGAGUCACGAGUGGACCGAUUACUCCCAGGUGCAGAACCUUUACGCCGAAGGGCACGAGAUUGCCUCUCACAGCAUCACGCAUAGUUUCGGUGAGCAGUUCUCCACCACCAAAUGGGCCAAGGAGAUCGCUGGUCAGAGGGAGAUCCUGUCAGCCUACGGAGGCGUCAAGAUGGAGGACGUGAGGGGCAUGAGAGCUCCCUUCCUUGCCGUCGGCGGCAACAAGAUGUACCGCAUGUUGUACGAGCAGAACUUCACCUACGACUCUUCAAUGCCCGUGUACGAGAACAACCCGCCCAGCUGGCCCUACACCCUCGACUACAGGCUCUUCCACGACUGCAUGAUCCCGCCCUGCCCCACCAACUCCUUCCCCGGUCUGUGGCAAGUACCUAUGGUGAUGUGGCAGGACCUAAAGGGCGGCCGCUGCUCCAUGGGCGACGCCUGCACCACCCCACCUGACGCUGAGGGAGUCUACAAGAUGCUCAUCAAGAACUUCGAGCGACACUACACCACGAACAGAGCUCCCUUCGGCCUGUUCUACCACGCGGCCUGGUUCACCACGCCGCACCAUAAGGAGGGCUUCAUCGCCUUCCUGGACACCAUCACCGCCAUGGACGACGUGUGGCUCGUCACCAACUGGCAGGCCCUGCAGUGGGUGAGGGACCCCACGCCCCUCUCCAGGGUGAAGAGCUUCGGACCCUUCCAGUGCAACUACUCGGACCGCCCGAAGUGUACUACCAAGAAGGUGUGCAACGUGUGGCACAAGGGCGGCGUGAGGUACAUGAGGACGUGUCAGAAGUGCCCGGACGAGUACCCCUGGACGGGCAACACUGGCGUCAAGAGUCCACUCAAUGACCUCCCCUAAGACUGUACUCUCCUCUCCCUCCCGCUUCUCCCUCAUCCCUCCUCACCCCUUUAUCCCAUCCUAUCCUCACCACCACCAACACCAUCCCCACCACCACAUGCCCUAUUAUUAUCUAUCCUAUAUAUCCUUCCUGUUCCUCAAUCCCCAAACCAUCCCUAUCCUUUUUAUUCCCACGUUCUCCCGCCCCCAUCCCCAUUCCCUCCCUCCCCCCCUAAGACUGUGAUGUGAUGUAAUCUUGUGUCUGUUUCGUAAAAAAAAAAAAUAGGAGUGAAUAAAUAAAGGAAGAUUUAACGCAAACCUCGUUGAAGGAUGAUGAUGAUGAUAAUUGAUAAUGAUGGUGAUAACAACAAUAAAAAAGAAAUCUUCGUCACUGUUUGCUACACUGAAACUUUUUUAUUAUAUUAUUCCGCGUUAUCUUCACGAGUUAUCGUGUAUUGUGUUACUGGUUUCCAUCGCUAAGUGCAUCAAAAAAAUGUGUGUAAUGGAUUAUUUUUACAUUAUAUUUUUUUAGUGAACGAACUGACAAAAAGAUAAAACUAAGUGCAUUCUGUGUGUGUGUGUGUGUGUGUGUGUGUGUGUGUGUGUGUGUGUGUGUGUGUGUGUGUGUGUGUGUGUGUGUGCCUCCUUCCCACAAACAAAACGGACCACGUACAACAAACAGAAUAAUUAAGCCAAACAAGAAGUAACCAGGUCAUCAACGUUCCUUCAAACAGCAAACUAACUGAAAGAGAAAGUCAAAAACUAAGGAAGCAAACAAUCUCAGGUGUCUUUCAGGCCAAGAGAGAAAGAGAGAGAGGGAAACCGAGCAAAACAGAGGAAGACAUCCCUUUUCUUCUCAUUUCACAACUAUAAGGGAAAAAAAUGUAAAAUUGAGACCACAAGAUUCAGUAUCCCUCCUCAUGAUAACACACACACUAAAGUUACAAAGACACCUGUUUAAUUAAGGCUAAUCAGAUGCAGUGGUCUAUAUACAGGAAUGCACACACAAUUUCCUCAAGUAUUUAUCUAAUCCUCGAGAGAUCAUAAGUACCUCCUCUACGUAUAUACGCCGGUAGCGAAGUGGUAGUAGCUUACUGAUAAGAAUAAUACAAGUUACCAUAAUACAAGAUGACUGGUAUUUUAACAGGUAUUUUACGGGCUGCCUUGUGGGACACUCGCACACGCAUACACGUCCUCAACAUGUCGUGGUUAAGAAUGAUCUUUAUCCUCUCGCCCACAACCUACAAAAAAAUUAAUUGUAGAUAUGUAAAUAGAUCCCUCCUCUUCUUUUUUGUCUUCUUUCUCAUAUGACUUUGUUGUUGCGGCGCUAAAUUAAUUAAUCAAUUACCUAUCAAUCCUCUUCCUCCUUCUUCUCCUCUUCUUCCUCCUCCCUGCCUUGCUACACUUUUAUAAAUUAAAUGUGCUUUUUUUCUGAAUUUCAUGUUUGAGAAAAUGUUCAAAACUGUGUAUCAAGUCACUUGUUUGUUUCCAGUUCAAUUUUUUUUUUUUUUAUUUGUUCUUCACUCUUAUCCAUGUUGUUCCUAAAUACUGACUGUUUCCCUCCCCACUCAGAUGAAUGAUACAGUGCAAUACCAACACAUAUUACUGAAUAAACAAAAUGUCAGUCAAUUGACGUGCUUGUUUUUCCCUUUUUUUCACAUGUAUAAUUCCCUUUGCUUACUGGUCAGCCACUCGCGCGCGCGCAUACACACACACACACACACAUACAGAAGUAUUGUUGGCGUUCUCAAACAAUGUUUUUUUUUUUUUUUCUGAGUGAAUGAACGUGUGUGACUUUAUUCUCUCACUUUAUUUUCUUCCUUUUUUUCUUUAGAUCAUUCCUUUCCACCUUCCUUCUCUCCCUUUCUCCCUCCACACUCCCUUUUCCUCCACACACCAACACAUACACACAUAGCGUAUCGAGCCCAACCAUUCACAGCCUAACAUCGAAAGCUGUGCGUUGGGAGUUGCGUUAGGAAGAAAACAAUUAUCUUCAAGAGAAAAUUGUUUUAUUUCUUACUCUGAGGUGAAAAAAAAAAAAAAUACCACCUCGCACUUGGUAUCUAUUAUGUAUCUAUCUUCCGUUGUUUAUUACGUUCACUGAAAUCUACUGAUCGUAGUUAAAAAGAAAGUCCAUUAUUUUACUUCAUUUUUUAUUAAUUUAUUUAUAAUUCCCUACACUUGUUAUUGUAACUAAAGGUAAAAAUGUCUACUAUGCUCUGUAUAGUGGACACAUACACCAGGGGCCAAAAGAAUAUUAUACGAGUACGUAAUAUAGUACUGAUUAAUUUGUACCCGUUCGUUAGUUGACGGACGGAAAGAGGCGGCGAGUGUUUACUUCUGUCGACAAGUUUUAUUAUCGACAGAGCACUUACAGAGCAGCGAGGUCGAGACACUGGGGGAGUCAUGUGAGCUCCCUGUACCAUCACUACCGUCAAUACCAUGUAUGUACCUCAUCUCCAUCCUUACGCCACGUUUUUGUUGUUAUCUUCCGGAAUUGAGUAGUUACCCUCUCAAACCCGCACGUCAGCUUACGUUUUCUUCAAUAGAGUUUCCUGAUCCUGUAUAUCUUCUCGUUUUCUUUGAUUUCCCCUUCUUACUCCCCCUACUCCUUCCCACCCCCUUCCUUCUCUACUUCUACGCCGUUCUUUCCUUUCUCCUCAUCCUCCACCUGUAUCUCCUGUCCUUCCUACGCUUCCUCCUCCUCCUCCUCCAGUCUACGUACUUUAUUGUUUUCUCUUAUUGUCCUUAUGUUAUUGAGCCACUCCCGCUUAGUCCCUCUGUGCUGGAGCAACGCAGAGGCAAUACAGUAACUCUAGGGGAGGGAUUAUAUUAUUUUAUCCCCCAAUCCCACACUUAUGUAAUCGCUACAUAAUAAAUAAAAGGAAAACUGUUCGAUAA